CAACCGCGGGGGCCUGUCGCUCCUUCUGUUGUACAGUACGGCACGUCAUUGUUCCAGUUAGGUCGAGUCGAGAAGCGACGGGAGGACCCAGCUCCAUCAGCUCCAGCUUACCAUACCUUAACUGGUAGCCCAUCCAUCUCAUCACUCCUCUUCGCAGCACAUCUCUCAAGCUGCAACUUUUGCUUCCCUCAACGACGACUUUUUUGACGAUCGAUACCCCAACGACGAGGCUGAAUACAACUCAUUUUUGCUUUCGCUGACCCACUUCAUCAAAGUCAACAACAGAUAUAAACAUGGCUGACACUGGUCUUCCUCCGGGCUGGGAGGUCCGACACUCCAACUCCAAGAACCUCCCCUACUACUUCAACUCUGCCGAGAAGCUCUCACGAUGGGAACCUCCCUCCGGCACCGACACCGAGAAACUUAAGCAUUAUAUGGCUACUAACCACAGCGCCGGCUCUCGUCCCGGUGCCGUCGCUGGUGUUCCCGAGGGCAAGAUUCGCGCUGCUCAUCUACUAGUCAAGCAUCGCGACAGCCGACGACCCAGCAGCUGGAGAGAGGCUGAGAUCACGCGCACCAAGGAGGAGGCUCUUGAGAUCAUCCAGGACCACGAGCAAAAGAUCAAGUCUGGUAGUAUCACACUUGGUGAGCUCGCUCUCACCGAAUCCGACUGCUCUUCUGCCCGUAAGCGAGGCGACCUCGGAUACUUUGGCAAGGGAGACAUGCAGAAGGAGUUUGAAGAUGCUUCCUUUGGCCUCCAGCCUGGCCAGAUGAGCGGAAUUGUGGAGACAGCUAGUGGCCUUCACUUGAUUGAGCGCCUGGAAUAAACUGAAAAGUAUAUAUAAUUGACAAAUUUUGUAAAUUGACAAAGCAGAGCGUAUCGUUGACGUCUUCGCGCAAUACCUCCCGAUCGCAUUUGUCGAUAUCUGUUGAAGUGAUAUAUAUGUGGUUGACUUGGACGUCAUAUUUUCAAACUUCAGUGAGAGUGGCAGUCUUUUAAAUCUUGAGGGUCUACAUUAUUCUUCCAUGUCUAAGUAUCUACAGUACCCAGCCACAACUGGCUUCUACCAGACUUGCUCUUUGUCUUUCUAUCCGUCUUCCUAGCAAGUAUAUAACUCUAAACACCAGGUCACGAACGUUACAACGUCUUUCCUGCCGAGAUUCUAUGGCCGUCUCUCUUCAGCUGGCCAAACCCAACACAGCACUUUUGAAAGGCUCGACAGUUGUGAAAACCACCGUCAUGACACCGGAUACUGUCAUAGCAAGAGCAGCGUACGGAGCUGCGCGACUUCUAGUCUCGUACAGAUACGACACGCCCAUGGCUGCGCCGUUGAUACCAACCGUGAUCCCUGCUGAGAUUGUAAAGGGAUCAUCGCCACUUGGCAAAUCCUUUUGAGCUGUUCUCAGAAGAGGCUUCAGGCUCAGACGUGAGACCCUGCCGUCGGAGUCGGAAAUGUUGACGCUUGAACGGGAGAAACGGUCUUCUCGUCUGACGCCUAGUUUGUCGAGUACAAACGGGUAGCAAAGUUGACCAAGGAUUCCGUUGCUUACCACGAGGGCAGCAUUCGCACCGAGAUUUCCACCAAGUGCUUCCAUGGCCGGUUUGGCAA